AUGACUGAUAGAGUCCGCUCUUAAAUAGAACAAAAUAAUAAUGAAAAACUAGAUCAUUAAAACUAUCAGACAAAUUCAAAAAAUAAAAAGAGGAUUUAAUUGGUUUAACAAGUACUUUUUGAUGAGAAGCUCUCUUAAGCAUUUUACUUGCUGUUGAAUUGUUUAUACUAAAAAAGUAUUUUCUUAGAUGCUCUGAAUUAAGACACUAUUAAUCUUGAUAAUCUCGAAAAAUUAAGCAAUAAAUUGCUUAUUGAUAGAUUAGAAGUGAAAAAUGCUCUUAAAUAGUUGAUUAUAGAAAAUGGUUCUUAAGCAUAUCUUUAAAAAAUGUGUAAACUCUAUGACUUAAUUUUAGAUAUUGAUAACUACUUUGAAAGAAAGAUUUCUUAGCAAAAUUAGUUUAAUUGCUUAACGAGUAUUCCUUUAUCGUCUAAAGAAAGUUGUUCUGUCUAUAUUUCUUUUACUACUAAGCUUGGUGUUGUAACUAAGAUAUCAAAUAACUUUGAAAAAGUAGUCCCAGUUUAUUCAAAUAAAGAAGUGAUUGGAAAAAAUAUCAACUUUAUGCAGCCAGAUGUUGUUGCUCCUGUUCAUAAUAAGAUUCUAACGAAAUUCAUUUAAAAAAAAAUAGUUUCUCAAAAGGUCGAUGAUUACCCUCUUCUAAUUGGAAAGGAUAAAAGAGGCUUUGGCAUACCAUACCAUAUAAAAAUCCAAGUUGCUAUGAUAGGGUUAGAAGAUUUCGGAUGUGCUGGCUGGAUAAAGCAAAUAAAAGAUUCAAAUCACUAUAUUAUGACAAGUGCAGAUUAGGGAUUCAAGAAUUAUAUCUUGGGUUAAAGCUUUUUUGAAUUAAUACUUUCAUUCUCAUUUAAAUAAAGUGAAUUAAGUGCUGUAAGGUUUGGUCAUCUAAUUCCUCUCUUUUAAACUCUAUUUGAUAACAACAUGUCUGGGAAAUCGUUUCAAACGAUAUUGAUAAGACCACUGUACAAAGAAUAAAUAGCUAAUUCUAUUAAAGUUAAAAAUAAUGCAUCUUUAUUUUAGGAAUUAAUUGAUUUAGAUCUUUAUAAGAUUUAAGCUUAAUUUAUUUAUUUAAGUACAACCUUUGCUACAUUUAAUUACUUGAUCAUCACUCAAUGUGAUUAUCUUGACAAUUUAUCAAGUAAAAGAGAUGCUCUUAAGGAAUUUAGAAAAGACCUAAAAAUAUAUCAUUAAAGUGAAGAAUAUGAUAUGAUUGACUUUGAAUAGCUUAAUCCUUCUUUUUAAAAUGAACCUAUUUAGCAAAAAGAAGAUGAAUUAAGAUUUCUAAAUUCAUAUAAUGAUUAGUCAAUAGAUUCCUAAAAUGAUGAUAUUCAAAAACAAAACUCAGACCUUAUCGAGCCAUAAAAUUUUUAAGCUAACCACAAUAUAAAGUAUGCUACUAGGCUUUAAAAAAUAAUUAAAUAAAACAUGUUCAAGAUUAAUUAAAUGUACAAAAAUUUAAAAGAUGAUUAAAAGUCUAUUUUACAAGAAUAAAAUAUUUAAUAAAGAAACAAAUAAUCGUUAAAUCAUGAUUAAUAUAAUAAAUUUGAUGAAAUUUAAGAAAAUAUUGAUGAAAUUUAAGAAAAUAUUGAUACUAAUUUAAGUCCUAUCUCGCGAAGGAGUAGCAGUUAAAAAUAAUCAUUUAAUACUUUAAUAACAAGUAGAGUUGAAAAAUAUUUUGAUGAAGCAAAAAUAGAUGAUUAAAUAAAUAAUUAAAACAGCUCUUCGAGUCAUGCAGUAGCAUAAGGAAUUGAAUAGAUGCUCUUUGAAGAUUAAAAAUAAAAGAAAGAUACGAAUCAGGUACAAAAAUAAAAUUCUAGCAAAUAUAUAGAUAUAGCAAAAUAAUAAUUGUUAGCCUAAUAUUAAAAGAACAAAGAGAUGGCAAAAACCUCCAAUUUAAAUUAAACAAAAUUGGGUAGAGAUUAAGAUACAAAUGUAUCUGCUGAUAUAAGCUUUAUACUAAACUAAAGAAAAAAGUAAACUACAGCUUAAGGAAGUGUAAAUCUAUCAAAUCAAAAGUCAACAUCCUAAAAUCGAUUACAACUUGUAAAAAAAAUUAAAUCGAAUGGUAAAAAGCAUUUACUAUUUUAUAGUGGAUAUAUCUUAGAUUCUUUAUUAAUAAUUUUAUUGGUGGUUUCUGUCUCAAUAAGCUUUAGUAGUAACUAUAACUUCAUUGAAGAUUACUAAACUAAAUAAGAUUUGUUUUCUGAUCUUAAUGCUGUAAAAAAACUCAUAUAUAAUAUUCUGGAAGAGGUUCAUUUAAUUGAUGGAGUCUAAAAAAAUUAUUUCACACUUUAAAGUUCUGUAGAUUAACAGAGUUUUCUUUAAACUUUAAAUCUAGCAAAAGACAGCAAUAUCUAUUAAUAUAAAAAUAUUUCAUAAUCAAUUUUUUAAAAGUAUAUAAAUUAAUAAAGAGCUUAAGAUUUAUAUAAUGAAGAGUUAAAUUAUAGUAUACUUAGUUAUGUUGGCAACAAAUUUAUUUCUUAAGAAAUAUCAAAAUGUGAUCUUUAUAUUUCUUUACUCAGAAUUUAAUCGCUGUUAACCAUGUUCAUAAAUAAUACAUCACCUGAAAAUUUUAUUUUUUAAAAUGAGUUAAGGCACAAUUAGAAUCAAACGUAAACAUAAAUAUCAUCAAUUCUUCUUGAAUUAGAUUAAAAUUAAAAUUAAAAUUACAAAGCAUAGUAAAAUAAUAUUUUUAUUUUCAUAAUCAUCUAUGGAUGUUUCAUUUUCUUUUAUAGCAUUUUGCUUCUUAUUUUUUAUACGAAUUCUAAUUCGCUUAAACAUUCUUUGCUAUCUAUUUUCGCAACUAUAGACAUAAAGAAGCUAGAUGAAAUGAAAAAUAAAACAACUUAAAUUAUUAAGUAUCUUAUGGAUUCGAAAAAAAAACAUAGGAUUCUUGAUAAAGUUAGCCAAAAUAAAGAAAGUAAUAAGUAAAAUUUAGCUAAUAAAUAAGAAUAUAAAAAAAACUGUAAGAAAAAAAAUAUCAGUCUAACUACCUAUGAAAAAAAGUUAACAGCAAGCAAAGUUUUUUUAAUAGUAUUUUGUCUGUCUAUCGUACUUAUUAAACCUUGUAUUGAAUUUUAUUUGAUUAAUAUAGAACUAGAUUUUAUGAAAAUCUCAGGAUCUCUUUAAAGUAAAUUAAUUAUUAAAUUUAUCAUUUAAAGAUAUUUAUUUAUUUAUUUUUUUCUUGUCUAAAUUCUUAUCAAAUAAAAAUUUUAUUAAUAGAUAGUUCAGAAAAAUUAAUAACAGCUUUUUCCGAUUUUAGUCAAGCUAAAUUUAUCUACAUUUACUAUCUUAUAGGCACUAAUGAAAUUGCAUACAAUUAUACUAAAUAAUCUUAGUAAUAAUACCUUAUACAAUCAUAUGCAAGCAUGUAAGUCUCUCUUUCAGAUUUUAUGGACACAUUUCAGACAUUUUAAAAUUCAAACAUAAUAUAGUUACAGUAGUAUAAUAUUACACAAAUAAUAUAAGAAGAUAUUUGCAAUGCUUUGCAAAAAUAUUCAUUUUCUUUACAAUAAUUUAACUCUUCUGAUAUCGAAUAGUGCUUAAAUAUCUACUAAAAAACUAAAAAUAGUGGUUUUUAUAUAUCUUCAUAAAAAUUUGAUACUGUUUAGUAUGGUAUUAUUUAGUAUUUUAGCUCAAAUUUUACAUCUGUAGAAGAGUUUAAUUAUCUUAAUACUUUUUUGUAAUAAAAUAAUGUUUCAGAUCAAUUUUAUGAACUAAGAAUUCUGGAUUAAAUUUCUUAAAUCUUAAAUUACCUUCUAAGUAGCGAAUAGCAAAGCUUUUUUAAUUUAAUAAAAAUAGUAAUAAUAAUUCUAAAUGCUUUUUAAAUCUUUUUAGUCAUAAACAUCACUUAUUUUAUCUAAAAGCUCAUAUUUAAUAAAUUCGCAAAUGAUUACAAAAAAUCUAUGUAGUAUUUAACACUAGUGGAUUAUGAAAUAUUGUAAGAAAACCCUUAUUUUGUGUCUCAUAUUAAAAAAUUUAAAUGAAGAAGUAUCUAUCUAUCUAUCUAUCUUCUUUAAAUUUGCUAAUAAUUACUGCUUAUUUGAUCUAAAUUAUUAUUCAAUUAAGAAAACAAAAUAAUGA